AUGGCUAUUGAUGUGACAGUGAGACGGCAGGUUGGCAGCUUGGUGUUCCUGAAAGUGCUGCCCCUCCAUCUUGAAGUAAAACGCUUCAGAGAACCAAAGCAUGAAAGACGUCCCUGGAGGAUAUGGUUUUUAGAUACUUCCAAGCAAGCCAUAGGGAUGUUGUUCAUCCACUUUGCAAAUGUCUAUUUAUCAGACCUUACAGAAGAAGACCCUUGUUCACUGUACCUUAUCAACUUCUUACUAGAUGCCACUUUAGGAAUGCUGCUAAUCUACAUUGGGAUUCGUGCUGUGAGCAGCAUCGUGGAAUGGCAGCAGUGGGAGUCCCUCCGCUUUGGGGAAUAUGGUGACCCCCUGCAGUGCAGUGCUUGGAUGGGCCAAUGUGCUCUUUACAUAAUGAUUAUGACAUUUGAGAAAACCAUCAUCAUCAUAGUGCUGCUUAUACCUCAGUGGAAAGAGGUGGCUUUAUUGAAUCCCAUAGAGAACCCCCAGCUGGAGCUGGCAAUCGUCAUGCUGAUAGUUCCCUUCUUUGUUAACGCGUUAAUGUUCUGGGUAGUAGAUAAUUUCCUCAUGAAGAAAGGGAAGACAAAAGCUAAACUUGAAGAAAAGGAAGCAGGACAAGAUUCAAGAAAUGGAAGUAAAGUCCGAUACAGGAGAGCAGCAUCACACGAGGAGUCAGAGUCAGAAAUCCUCAUUUCAGCAGAUGAUGAGAUGGAGGAGUCAGACACUGAGGAGGACCUGCGCAGACUGACCAACCUAAAGCCCAUCAAGAAGAAGAAGCAUCGCUUUGGUCUGCCCGUAUGACACAUUCCUUGGCCUGUGGACUUGCAGGUUUCAUGGCAAAAACUUCUGUCAGUGGGGUUUAAUGUUGCAAUUGCAUCUCCCUUUUCAUGCAAACUGACUUAGAAGCAUGGUCUACCAACGGAAAGCAAAGCACUUGGAAGGCUUCCAGUUCAGUUGCACUACAAACACACUGACCAAUUAUGCAAGAAUGUGUCCUCAUCAUGUAUGGAAAAUGGAUGAGUCACUAAGGAUUCGUGUGGGAGGUGUCAGAGAAGAUCAGAGAGAACAGAUACAGAAUCUUUCACUUUCAGUUACUGAUGGGACAGUAUAAGGAGUUCUCUAAAAGGUAUCAGAGUUGACUAAGCUAAAGGAGUGUGUUUUAUUACUAAAACUGGCUUUUGCAGCAUAAUUCCUAGAGCAGAAUAGUUUAUGGUUACAAGCUGUAACUUAACAUUAUUUUUUUAAGUACAAAUGUUUACUUGCUACCAGGUACCUAUGGAACUAAUAGGUGGAACAAAGAUUUUUUUCCAAGUCUUCUCAAAUCUAUCUGACUAUUU